GGGCUGCGGCGGACAGACAGACAGGGAGCACCGGGGUUUGAAAGCUUCACAGGCGUCGACCAAGCUCAGAUUUGAUUCAUUUUGUCUUACUUUUGAUUUUUAGGCAACUGCGUGUUGCGAAGAAAGCGGUCAUGUCGGUGAAUAUGGACGAACUCAGACAUCAAGUUAUGAUCAACCAGUUUGUUUUGACGGCUGGAUGCGCCGCGGAUCAGGCGAAGCAGCUCCUCCAGGCGGCCCACUGGCAGUUCGAGACGGCCUUAAGCUCCUUCUUCCAGGAGGCCAACAUCCCCACUCACCACCACCAGAUGAUGUGUACUCCCAGGAACACGCCCGCCACGCCACCCAACUUCCCGGACGCCAUCACCAUGUUCUCCAAGCUGCGUGCGUCUGAUUGCGGCCCCGGGUCCGGCAGCGGUUCCUCCAUGGCGUGCUCCCCACCGACCCCCUCCUCCGGCUACGGUUCCUUCUGGGCGUCCUCGCCGCCCAGCCACCAGCCCGCCUGGCUGCCCCCAUCGUCGCCAACAGGCCCCCACCUGCACCACCACUUCCACCACCACCACCUGCAACAGACUCCCAUGUGGCCCCCUGGAGCCCAGCCCAGCGCCGCCCCACAGCCCCCGGUCGUGUCCGCGCUGCACGGCCAGAGAUGAGACUGAACGGGGAGGAUGGGGGCUGGUCAAGGAGCCAAAUGUAUGGGGAGGGUGGAAUGAGAGGAAAUGGAAAAAGACAAAAAUACUGUUUUCCUGUCUCGUUUUUCUAAACCGAAGACUUCCUCUCGGUCUUCAUCACACGCCGAGGAAACGAACGUUCUUUUUCAUCCGGGAUGCAAAUCGAGCCCAGGACCCAGCAGAGCGCUCCGAGGAUAGCAGCCAUGUGAUCUCAUUUUUUUAUCUUUUAAAAACUCUUCUUCUUCUUCAGAUGGUUCGGAAAUAUCUGGCAAUAACCAGCAGAAAACAGACGGGAUUCUAGACGUUUCCUUUACAGCUAUGAAACUGCUCACAGAGAUGCAUCUACAGAUGUCCUUUACCUGAGUCACACCAGAUUUAGCACAGGAAUAAAACCUGCUAAUCUUUGACUUUUUUUUUUUUUAAAGAAACAACGACCUGGAGGACAAAAUCUUCUUUCUGCUGCAUAUUAAGAAAGAUGUUUCCUUAACUUUCAUCCUUUGUCGCGGUUUCCUGAUCCAAACAAAGAUGUUGCUUUAUUUCUACGACGUGUAAACAAAAUAGAAAAUUGUAAUGAUCAGUUUGAUAGAGCCUCUGUUCCAACUAUGUAACUAGAAUGCAAUUUAUAUUUCAGUGUUUUUCUUUUAUUGUGAAAAUAUCCAGGAGCUUACUUUCCGAAUUUAAAAUGGAAACAAACUAAAACAGAGUGGUAGUGACUAAUUUAGAAAAAUAAUCGCCAACUAUUUUGAUAAAUAGUUUAAGUGAUUUUUCAUGCAAAACUGUCAGAAAAUACUGUUUUCAGCCUCUUAAAUAUGUAGAUUUGCUGAUUUACUGUUUUAUAUCAUAAUAAAAUAAAUAUCUUUGGGUUUUUGGACAAAGCAAGACAUAUAUUUGGACUUUGAGAAACUGGUAUGUACAUUUGUUCACAUUAUUUAACAUUUUAUAGACGGAUAAAUGAAUGAAUCCAGAAGAUAAGAUUUUUUCUGGGUCGCUAUAAACAGAAACAUAAAAGCAAUAUUAGGUAAUUUGGGAAAUCAUAAUUACUGUCAUUAUUUAACAUAUUAAGUGAACCACACUACGUACUGUUGAGGUCAGGUUAUGCAUUGGCUUCCAAUCGGAAUCUUUUUACAUUUGAAUACACAACUUAAUGUGUCUUGUGUAGUAAAAACAGAUAACGGACCUAUUUCUGACUACCUGGAUCCUUAAUAUCUAUGUUUGGGAUAAACAAUCUUUUAUGUUGCAGCAGACAGAAUAUUAUUGAAUCCAGAUGGACAAGAGCGUGGAAGGUUUCAGUAAAUCCCUUCAGAGACAGGAAGUGAUGUCAUGUUGAGUUUAAUGGUUAAAACGACAGUAGGGAAUAACCUUUUGUAAGUGCAAAUAUGAUCGGUGAGUUAAGUAGAGCGGCAACGAUUUAAAUAUUUUUAGAUCUGCCACAUUUAUAAAGUAUUUUUUCUCAGAAUAAUUUCAGACCUCCUGUCAUGGGAGAGGGCUCAGAUCCAUUUCCUGUUUAGUGGUUAUGAGGCACUUUUGUACCACAGCAUAAUAUGGCCAUUGUAGGUAAAAAACAAAUAAAGGAUGGGAAAUGGGUAAUGUUUUAAGAAAUAAUCUGGAUUUCAGAGAUUAAAACCUUAUAUUCACAAGAUCAAAAAAUGAUCACAAAUUAAGGAAACCUUGCCAUGAUUAUUAAAGCAUUAAUUUGCGAGAAAAAACAAAAGUAUAAAGCUCAGAUUAAAGGCAUUAUUUUACAUUCUUUACAUUCUCAGAGAAUGUUAGUUUUGGCAUACAUUUCUUUUUGAAAAUUAUUUAAUCGUAUAUUCACAACUUUAAUCUUUGAUCAUUUCUGACUUUUGUUUACUUGAGAAUUAGGGAUUUUGUUAGUCUAUUUAUAAAUCUUUUUCUUGGAAAGGACGUUUUUUUAAUAAUACAUUUUUUUUUCUAAUCGCUUUUCUGUAAUCAUUUUUCAUAAUUUUCCCAUUUUAAUGAGAAUAUCGAGAGAAAAAAAAAUGUAUCAAGUGAAUUUACCACUUUAAUCUCAUAAGUAUUUUUACGGAGUAUCACCCUCCUUCCCUGGUUAUGUCUUUUUGUUUGUUUACCUACAAUGGCUCUAAUGGACAGUUUUGUAAAUAAAACCUUCAACUGAACGUUUUCUGUCACGCUGAUGAUAUAAAUAAUCUGAUUUUGGAAUAUUUUUGUCCGGUGAGCUGCCUGCCUGUCUGCGGGGGCAUUUAGAGGCCAACUCAGUGAUUUUCCACACAACCUUUGUGAUGCUCAAACACUCCUACCUCUGUGUGGAUGUGAGGCCCCUGAGCUCUGCCUGUACCCUCCGGUGCAGACGGGAUCAGAGAGUUGAAACACGUUCAAACUGCUGCCGCUGCGGAAGAAGAGCUUCACAGCAGGCUAAACCCGGGAUUUGUUAGCUGGCUCCCUCACACAGGAUCCCACGUAUGUCACAGAAAAUCACCGGGAGAAUAGUGAAACGUUUAAAAAAACCUUCACUCCACAAGAAAGAGGAAGCAGGAAUCAGGGAAGGACAGGAUGCAGAGAAAGAUGUCAAAACGGACUUUGUUGUUCACAGCUUCACACAGACAAUCAACCUUCCUCUGUUUUCUGUAAGAUUUCUGUUGGGUUCCUUUGUGGGGGGAGGGCUUCACUUUUAAAGCUGUUACAUCCCUUCAAAUUCAACAACCUGAUAAGAUUAUAUUUCAAAUCUGAUACAGAAAUGAAAAUCCACCCUGAUGUGUUUUACUCCUCUGGGCUGUUUGUCCUGUCAGUCUUUCUCUCUUCUUCUAUCCUCAUAAAAGGGAGUUUUUUGUAGGUGAUGGAGGAUUUUUCCUGCAAAUCAAAGGAGUUGAGAGGAAUGCCGGAUGUGUCAAAUGUGACUGAGGAGUUUUUUGUGAGAGGACUAGUCGUCUAAUUUAGUUUUUGAUGGAACGAGUUGCAGGUUGCGGAGGUGUUUGUGCCGACGGGGAGGAAUUUGUCGGAGCUUCCUGCAGGGUUCAGGCUUAUUAUGGAUCAUUUAAAAACGGUAAUCAAUGUAAUCCUGAUACAGUAUGUCCCAACCACCCUGACGUUUUGAUUGUUUACCUCAUCUUAAACUUUUAUUUUGCUCUUACCAGGUUUUCUUUCUCAGAAAUUCACUGUUCUAAUCCACGGCUCUUUUAUAGAGAUUUCUCUCGAGUACUUUCUGUUCAUUUCCUCUGUUUAAAUGUGUAUUUAUAUGUUUAAUAAAAACAAGGUAUGAUUUA